AUGCUCCAGCUGAUAUGGAUAAUCAUAUUCUCAGCAAUCCUCAUAGUGUUCGCUGCAAUCAUCUUACGAUGUAUCUUCCUAUAUCUAUUGGAAAAAAACGUUUGCAAUCUUCAGACAAUAUUCAGCAAUACUAGGAUACUCCAAACCGCGAAGGAAAAGAAGAUAUGCAACGCGUUGGAUGUUUCUCUUCAGAAAACAUUUAAAGAAUCAAAUAUUCAUCGAAUACUUCCUGUACUCCCUCAAUUCAUUGCCUCCUCUCGUACCACCGAUGCGGCACCGUCGGAAGCUGAAAACCACUGGCCAUUGUUCCAAGUUGCGGUGAAUGGAAAGAUUCUCAAUCCUGAACUGUUGAUCGCCACCAGAGCUCCAGAAUACUCCACUGUCAUUGGCAAUCAGAACACCGCAUCAGCAGUCACUGAUAACAACAACAUGUUGACCGAUUACUACCGUAACAAUAUGCAGCAAAUGGACCAGAAUUCUUCAUUGAAUCGGCAUUCGAAUAAUAGCUAUGGACAUACUUCAUAUGGAUCAUUCUCAAAUGACAGCCGAGUACCUGUGGACCGUCCAUUGUUCAUCAACACCUCCAUGUCAGCCCAACAACGAGUAGAUAUCUACCGCCAACUUUCGGACCCUCCAAAGGAUAGCGAACCAGCGCUCGCCUUCAACUUCCGUAACUACUGA